GUUCCGACCUUUGCCCCACUUCGUUGCCGCUCCGCACCCACGGCGCUGAACGAGCCGAGGCCCUCCCGGCUACUUCUGGCCUCGGCGAUAGCCAUCGCGGGGCGGCUGCGACGCACAGCGAGGAGGGCCAAGUGGGACUCGUGGAGCGCUGGGCACGGGGUCGAGCUCAUCCAAGACGAUGCCAUUGCCAAACGAACGGACCACUACUCUCGGCCAGAAGGCCAUUGCAUUGUUGUUUCGGAUGGCCCGAUCGCUGUAGCAGAAAGAGGCAGCUCGCGAGACUACUACGCCGAGGUGAAGAUAGAGAACGACGUGGACACUUGGUCCUCUGGUUUGGACAUGGGACUCACACGCCUGCCCCCAGACGAGAUCGGGAAGCUCAAUGAACAGGGCUUGUGCUGGGCCGACUUCCCAGACACGUGGGUACUGCGCGGUGACGGGAUGCUUCGAAUCAACGGUCGCUCGUAUCCCCCAGGAGUCCUGCCCAGCCGUGCGGCAUCUCUUACUGGCUGGGAUACGGCCACCUUGGAGAUGGGAGAUACCUGUGGGCUCCAGGUGACAAGCGGAGGCUCGGAACUUGUGGGCUACAGGAAUGGCGAAGAAAUCGGCCGGCUGUCUCUGGAGGAUGGCAUAAAGGUCCCACUGGAUGCAGACCUUUAUCUUGUGGCUGACAUCAUCGGCCGUGCUGGCGAGGUCGAGAUCUUGGACUGCAAGGUGCCUGGCCCUGCAAUUUCCGCGCCUCCGCCAAGCGCCCCCAUACCGCCGACACAGCAGGCGUCGCCUCCCAACGCCCC